GCAUUGUAUGAAAACAGAAAGUGAAAGAAUAUCCGCGUCUGAAGCAUUCAAUCAUAAAUGCUGACACAUUCAGCAGGUGAUACAGACCGAUCUGUUACAACGACAGAAACAUAGUUUUGACAGGUAGUACAUUACCACUUCACGAAGCUUUCGCUUGAAGACAACAAGUAAGACGCAAAUUCCCCAAACAAUCCUUUAAUUUAGCGAUGCUGAACACAACGAGGCCUUGUGAACCGCCAAGCAGCGGCUUCUCCUUUGAGAAUACACGCCGAAAUAUGGUGUUGGAGGGGAGUUUGGCUGACCAGGGCUUCAGCGCUCCCAAAGCAAGAAAAACAGGUACCACUAUUGCAGGACUCAUGUUCAAGGAUGGGGUGAUCCUCGGAGCAGACACAAGAGCAACCGAUGACAUGGUUGUGGCUGAUAAGAAUUGCGAGAAGAUACACUACAUUGCACCCAAAAUUUACUGCUGCGGGGCCGGGGUGGCAGCGGAUGCUGUAGUCACCACGCAGAUGAUGUCAUCCAACGUGGAGCUUCACACUCUGAGCACAGGACGUCCUCCCGUGGUUGCCAUGGUGACGCGGCAACUCAAACAGAUGCUGUACAGGUAUCAGGGUAAGAUCGGCUCCUCUCUGAUUGUUGGAGGUGUAGAUGUGACAGGACCUCAGCUUUACGCUGUUUACCCACAUGGAUCCUAUGACAGGCUGCCUUUCCUCACCAUGGGUUCUGGGGCUAUGGCUGCCGUUGCAGUGUUUGAGGAUCGCUUUAAACCAAACAUGGAGCUGGAGGAGGCCAAGGGACUGGUCAGAGAGGCCAUCACAGCUGGGAUAUUCUGUGACCUGGGCUCGGGCAGUAACGUGGACCUGUGUGUCAUCACACAGGCAGGAGUUCAGUACCUGCGUGCGUUUGACAAGCCAGCAGAGAAGGGGCUGAGGGAGGGAGAUUACAGAUACAAGCCUGGGACUACAGCCGUGCUGUCCAAAACAGUGACUCCACUCACGCUCGAUGUUGUUGAUGAGUCAGUCCACCUCAUGGACACACAAUAAACCAUGCAAUGAGCCUUACAUACACACGAAAAGAUUUAACCAACCACCCACCCACCAGAACUGUGGUAAUGCCUAGAUAUACAUCACAAGUAUCAUCACAAUUCAUUUUAAAAAUAAAGUCAUGCCAAACCUA